AAGGACAAGUAUUAGGAUUUGACCCAAGUUAGUUCUUUGGUUAGGAUUUCACGUCUAGGACUUUAAGUUCAGGCCUCGGUGCUGUGUAUUUACUACAAGGGUGCCAGCAUGGAAAACCACGUCAUGCUUAGGCAGGCAAAGUCCUUUAAUUUUCGUGGAACCUCCAUCCUUAUCCUAUAUAACCACUUCAAACUUUGGUGAACAUUUGGUCAUUGAGACGCACCUUGAGUGGAAGUGAUGGUUUCUUUUCACAAAGCCUUGGCCGAGAGUCCGAGAAGUGCAGUCCCUGCAGAACUUGAAGCUUCAUCAAAGAGGAGAAAGAGGGAAGAAUCAUCUCCUGUAGAGUUUUUCAACGCUCAAACUGAGGCAGAGAAAAGGAAAUCCACAUCAGAUAAUCAGCAGCUAUACCCCAGUCCAAGGAUAAAUAUGAACACGCCAGAGGACCCAAAGAAUAGCCUUGCACCCCCAUCCUCUACUCAAAUAAGCUUAGACCUUGAGCUGAACUUGACAUUUGAUCAAUCACAGGGUAACAAGGCAGACAAUUACAGCAUAAAUAAGAAGCAGAAUGCAGGUCCACCUAGAAGUUUCAGAGUUCAUGAUAUUUACGGUACUGAAUCAAGUGAUCAUAAGAAGGAUUCAGGGGAUAUAAGUCAUUCUUCUUCGUCGAGGAUGUCAGCGGAGGGAGACCACAGGGAGAUGGUUGCCACUGUUUGCAUGCGGUGCCACAUGUUAGUAAUGCUACGUAUGUCAUCUCCGGCCUGCCCUAACUGCAAAUUCAUGCACCCUCCAGACCAAAAUCCUCCAAAAUUCUUGAAGAGAAAGUGCAGCCUCUUGUGCUAGACUCGGCCAGUUCUCAGCUUUAGCUCGACCAACAUGUCCGUGGCAUUAUUUAUCUUCAAUUUCUCGAAGUACAAGAAGUUCCACAUCAGUGAAGUGAUGCUUAUUCCAUUUCUACAGUAAAUCUGACUGUUCGAGUGAGGGUGAAUGGAUGACUGAUAAGAAACUAACGUAGUGUAUCUUAUGUAUAUAUAGUGUUUCUCAAUCAUCCAAAAAAUUACCCAGUCAAGUUAUAUGCCGACAGAUAAUAGCAGAAAUUUAGUUGACUCUUUCGGAUGUUGGAUGAUAAUUGAUUCCCCUUCACUCGUAACAGCGUAUUUCAUAAGGUGACAGAAAUUUUGUGUUGUGGUUUUCUUUACUAGUAA